AUGCAUCUCUCUGGCGCGCUCGACAACGAGGUGCAUGUUGCUGUUCAGCGCUUCCUAGCAGACGGUGUUGCCGCGGAUGUACUGGUGCUGUACACUGCAUUGCAACGUUCAAACUCUUCUUUGAAGCGAAGGCCUAAGAAGGUAAUACAAGCUAGCAUCGAGAGGGUACUGGACUUCCUGGGCGCUUCAGAACAGGACGGCCACGAUUCUGAUGCGAUCAUUGAAGAUAUACAGCCUGAAGUCGACCCGGUAGCUGAGAGUAUGAAUCGAUCGCUGAGACAGAACCUCGCGCCGCGUCCGAUGAGUCCGCCUCCAGCUGCAGCUGACGAGACCGCCCCCAAGAAGCGCAAGCCAAAUGGUGAGUCGCUGCCGAAACGUCAGAAGCGCGAAGAAAAGAUCAGUACCUCAGCACCUAUGGAAGUGUCGUUGGACGACGUGGGUGGCAUGGACGAUGUUAUCAAGAAAAUGAACAGGCUAAUCGUCAUGCCAAUUGGGUGCUACGAGGAUUAUCACGCUGCCAGCUUGCCACUGCCAAAAGGUGUAUUGCUACAUGGUCCUCCAGGGUGCGGAAAGACAAUGCUAGCAAGAGCUUAUGCAGCAGAACUUGGAGUGCCUUUCAUUGAGAUUCUGGGUCCUUCUAUCGUGUCCGGGAUGAGCGGAGAGUCAGAGAAGGGUGUGCGCGACCGAUUCGAGGAGGCGAAAAAGAAUGCGCCAUGUCUACUCUUCAUCGAUGAAAUCGAUGCCAUCGCUCCCAAGAGAGAGACGAGUCAAAGUCAGAUGGAGAAGCGCAUAGUGGCACAGCUACUGGUUAGCAUGGACGAGAUCAACAAAGAAGGCGGUCCGCCUGUGAUUGUCCUAGCAGCUACAAACCGACCGGACUCCCUUGACCCGGCGCUACGACGAGGUGGCAGAUUUGGGACUGAGAUCAACAUCAACGUCCCGAACGAGCAGGUUCGCCAAAGCAUACUGGAGACACAAACACGAGGCAUGACUUUAGCAGCAGACGUCAAUCUUGCUAAACUUGCGAAAGAUACAGCUGGGUUCGUAGGCGCAGAUCUUCAUGAUCUGGUGGGGAAGGCUGGCGCGCAUCAGAUGGAGCGUUACGAAGACGCUCUUGAACGUCAAGCUACUGAACUCGGGUUGGAGUACGACUGCAGCGAGAAGACGUCUGUAGCGGUGAAGUCGGCCCGCAGUCUGAUUGCUCGAACCGUCACACGUCGUGAUCUUCCCAAGCCCGCAGGCUUCGAAACGAUCGCGCUGUCUAUGCUGGACUUCGAGGCUGUGCUACCGGGCAUCACUCCUUCGAGUAAACGGGAAGGCUUCUCUACAGUACCUGAUGUCUCUUGGAAGGACGUCGGAGCGCUCGAAGAAGUCCGUCAGGAACUCCACUCAGCUAUUGUCGACCCUAUCGCCAAGCCACAACUCUACGAAGCCAUGGGCAGAAGUUCACCUUCCGGCGUCCUGCUCUGGGGACCUCCCGGAUGUGGAAAGACCUUAUUGGCGAAGGCAGUCGCGGCAGAGAGUAAAGCCAACUUCAUUGCAAUCAAAGGGCCUGAGCUGCUCAACAAGUUUGUUGGCGAGUCAGAAGCUGCAGUGCGAAAGGUCUUUCAGCGCGCGCGCAGCUCCGUACCAUGUGUCAUCUUCUUCGACGAGCUCGAUGCUUUGGUGCCGAAGAGAGACGCAGCAGGUUCGGAAGCAAGUGCGCGCGUAGUGAAUUCGCUCCUCACAGAACUCGAUGGGAUGGAUGUGAGGACUGGGAUAUACGUGAUAGCCGCGACGAACCGGCCCGACAUGAUCGAUGAGGCUAUGCUUCGGCCUGGCCGUUUCGGCACUCAAUUGUUUGUUGACGUUCCGAAACCGGACGGAAGGGUGGAAAUACUGCAGGCGCUAUGCAUCAAAAGACCCGUCGAUUGGUCAGGUGAGAUCGAGCAAUUGGUCAGAGAUGGAAGGAGCGAUGGCUACAGUGGCGCUGAUCUUCAGCAAAUGCUAAACGAGGCAAUAUCACAUGCCAUCAAGAGGCAGUCGCUACGCGUGCAGCUGCAAGAUUUCGAGUAUGCGCAGGGCCGCAUUAGAGGCUCAGUGAGGGAAGUUGCGAAAUACCAUAAACUGAAGGAGCGAUUCGGGCAGAAAUAG